AUGAGCCGGACCUUGACGAGCCGGCAGGCCGAAGAGCUGCACAAAUCCAUCAUCGCAUACCUCGCCGCGAAUAAUUUCCAGGAUAGCGUCACUGCUAUGAGGACAGAGCUCAACCUCGGAGAGGAAGUCUUUGAUCCUGCCACCGCUAAGAAGUAUGAGACGUUGCUGGAGAAGAAGUGGACCAGUGUUGUGCGGUUGCAGAAGAAGAUCAUGGAUCUAGAAGCACGGAACGAAGCUCUCCAGACCGAACUCGACAGCGCUACACCGACAUCCCUAUCCAACCGCAAGCAAGAUCCCGCCUCCUGGCUUCCGGCUGGACCACCGCGACAUGUCCUCCAAUCGCACCGAACACCCAUUAACUGCGUUGCGUUCCAUCCCAUCUACUCGUCUAUCGCGUCCGGAGAUGAAGAUGCCAUCAUCAAGAUUUGGGAUUGGGAAUUUGGCGAGCUGGAACGAACGGUGAAGGGCCACACCAAAGCGGUGCUCGAUCUAGACUACGGUGGACCCAAGGGCCACACGCUGCUCGCAUCGUGCAGCUCGGAUCUGACUAUCAAGCUAUGGGACCCAUCCGACGAGUACAAGAAUAUCCGCACACUUCCUGGACACGACCACAGCGUGAGCGCCGUUCGGUUCAUUCCUUCAGGGGCCCCUGGAGCACCACUUUCCGGCAAUCUACUCGCGAGCGCUAGCCGAGAUGUGACGGUGAGGAUAUGGGACGUCACCACAGGAUACUGUCUGAAGACGAUACGAGGACAUUCCGAUUGGAUUCGCGACGUGAGCCCAUCCCUAGAUGGAAAAUAUCUUUUGUCGACCGGCAACGACCGAACGCUGCGACUAUGGGAUAUUUCAAUGAAUACCCCAGAGACAAAGAUGGUCAUGAUCGGUCACGAGCAUUGCGUCGAAUGCUGCGCUUUUGCCCCCCCAACGUCUUACCAGCACCUUGCGACCAUGGCUGGACUGAAGAAGGCUCCUCCAGCCAGCAGCACGGCCGAGUUCAUGGCGACGGGAUCCAGAGAUAAGACUAUCCGACUUUGGGAUAGUCGCGGAACGUGCAUCAAGACGCUGAUCGGUCACGACAACUGGGUCCGGAGCUUGGUGUUCCAUCCCAGCGGUAAAUUCCUUCUGUCAGUAUCCGAUGACAAGACAAUUCGAUGCUGGGAUCUGAGCCAAGAAGGAAAAUGUGUCAAGACACUCGAGGGAAUGCAUGAACACUUUAUUACCAGCUUGCGAUGGGCACCCCCGAUCACCAAGGGCCCGGCGGACGAGGCCAACGGCGAGAUUGGGACACCGAAAAAGGCAGCAGCGGCACCUCAAGAUGUACAGAUCCGCUGUGUUAUCGCGACUGGAAGUGUUGACACGUCAUUGAGGAUCUUCUCACGGUAA